CAACCCUCGACGAAGGUCGGUUGUAGGCACCGUCGUCCGUUAGUCGAUUCGUCGCGCGGAAAACUCACGCUCACCUGACAGUUGGAAAACGACGCGUGGAAAACAGAGCUCGCGUGCUUUUCGGUCCCGACGGCAGCCAGCCAGCGUCCACGUACGCAAACAGUCCGGGGACGGCAACAGUCACAGUGGUGUUGAUCGAUCCGAUAUCGCGGUCUAGUUUGUGUGUGUGUGUGUGUGUGGUGCUGCGGCAACCUCGUUCUCACAUCUUUCCCACAUCUAGUGUUCAUUGUCAUUGUCGUGCUGUCAAACCCCUUGUUGUUGUGGUUGUUGUUGUUGACAGGGGUAAAUUAAAAAGAAAUCUCACACCCUUACGCAUCCCGGAGACAGUUUGUGUUCCCGCCCCCUGUGCAGCACCAUUCCAUGUGGGCAAAGUAUAGUUUCUGGCCGUUUUCGAUCGCUGCUAACACCUUCAAAACUCGCCCUCCCUCCCGUGCCAUUAACUACUAUUUUUGGUUGACAAACAACAACACAUUCCCCGGACCACCAACCUGGCCGUUGGUCAACUGCAUAGAAGCAGCAUUCUAACUUCUCCUUACCUCUUCAGUCUAAUCCUCUCAAUCCCCAUACUGGGCUAGAGACGUGUGUCUGUGUGUGUGUGUGGGUUUGAUAGAGUUGAUAGAGUUUUCCGGGUUCCCGGUGUCCCUUCAACGAUACAAAAUUUAAAUUCCUAUCCCCCAAACCCCAACCUCCGUUCCCUAUUCUAACCCGUGUUCAAAGCGUAUUGUACAGAAGUGCCUGUGUAGAGCGCGAGUGGCCUUUCUGCCCGGCAAUUCUAAAACCCAAACCCCCCUCCCCCCUUACCACCGAUCAUCGCCGACCGACCAACCGACCGAUCGCCACGAUGCCGCUGUUCAAUAAGAAAAGCACCAAAAUAUCCAAUCCUUCGCCACCGAUGACCAAGGAUCCGCAUGCGUACCACGAUAACAACAACUACAAAAACCCUCCGAUCCCAACAGCGCCCACGAUCCACCACGACAGCAUGAGCAACGGUGGCCACGGCGAGUCGACCGUCACCAAGCCGCAGCUGGUGUUCAACUGCCAGUUGGCCCACGGCAGCCCGACCGGCUUCAUUACCGGGUUCGCGAGCGUCAAGGAGCUGUACCAGAAGAUUGCCGAAUGUUACGAUUUCCCGAUGGAUGAGAUUCUGUUCUGCACGCUGAACUCGCACAAAGUCGACAUGAGCAACCUGCUGGGCGGCCAGAUCGGGCUGAACGAUUUCAUCUUCGCACACAAAAAGGGCCGCCCGAAGGAGGUGGAGAUCGUCAAGUCGGAGGACGCGCUCGGUCUAACGAUCACGGACAACGGUGCGGGUUACGCGUUCAUCAAGCGCAUCAAAAGUGGCAGCGUUAUCGAUCGGAUCCCUCACAUACAGAUUGGCGAUCACAUCGAGAAGCUGGACGGGAUCAAUGUGGUGGGAAAGCGACACUACGAGGUGGCCCGCAUGCUGAAGGACAUUCCCACCGGCUCCACGUUUACCAUCCGCCUGGUGGAACCGAUGAAGAGUGGCUUCCAGGGCAUUGCACCGCGCAAGGGUACGGCCGGCAGCAAACCGGGCAAGCAGGGAUACGGCAGUGGCAAGGAGACGCUGCGGUUUAAGGCCAAUGGAAAUGCAGCCAUUGAGGAUGAGCACGAUGAUGCUACGCAAUGUGGAAUUGAUGCCAUUAACUCACUGCUCGACUCCUUCAUGGGAAUCAACGAUAGUGAGCUAGCCACGCAAAUCUGGGAACUAGGUAACAAUAAAAUCAACUCAAUGGACUUUGCGGAAGCGAUCGAUGCAUCGGACCUGGAGGCAUUCGGCUUUACUGACGAUUUCAUCAUCGAGCUGUGGGGCGCCAUCACGGACGCACGCCACGGACGAUACAAAAGAUAGAGGCGGAAGAUAGAGGAAGUGUCGGCGCACCGGAAGUGUCGACCGUGUGAACGGGGAAGGAUAUGUCCUGGCUUGAGCUGAUACUACGAGCAUUUACACGUGGAAACGAAGGCAGCAAUCGAUUGGACGAGAGGCGCUCAUGAAAUGUGAUGUGUUUUAAACUACUACUACUACUACUACUACUUAUUAAUAUGACUAUAACUACCAAUACUAUGACCUACCAUCAUUAGAAUACGUUUACACGGAGUGGUUUAUAACGUCGAAGGGUCCACUUCGAAGCCCUUCCAAACGGUAUUCGGAUAGAUAGUCGACAGAGAUCAGCGUGUGCAAGAUAGAAAGAGAGAGACAGAGAGAGACUCGUGAUAGAGAGAAACGGUGUAGUAAGCGAUACCGAUACACACCGCCUGAUUCGACACGCCGACAAGUGUGACCGAAGCAUUCCCAAUACGUUCCACUAUUUAAGGGCUCCCCCCCAGGUCCCCUCCUAUUAGGUAGAUUGGAUAAGGUUUCAAAAAUUACGACCCACACAAGUACCGCAAACAUUCCCCCUUCCUUUCGCGUCAUAUAAACAUCCCACAGAACCCAUCCAAUGUUUCUCCCUGCAUUGAAGGUGGGAUACUACUGCGAAACCACACAACGAACCCCUUAUCUUGCCCCGUUUUGCUUAUUGCAAGUGGUGUGGUGUUACGAACGAAGAAGAAGCAGCAGCAGCAGUGUUAGUGUUUUAAAAGUCUGUAAAAUGUUGUAAAAAAGUGCUUUGUUAGGAAAUGUGCAACGAAAUUGGGCGUGCGCGCAAGCAGAGACGGCGCGAUGCGCACGAUUCGCGCAUGAUGUGUGGCCGGUUUUGUUUUUGGUUUGUUUUUCCUGUUUUUUUUUUGCUAGUAGGGAUAAUGAGGAACUAGGAAGGGCAAAUACACACAGACACACAGACACAUAUGCAGGUAAAACAGGUAGGGAACAGAUUGUACUCUCUCUCGCAUGAUAAGCGUUGGAGUGAAGGAACAAAACAAGAAGUAUUUUAGCAAAGCAAAUCCAUAUGCAAUCGUGAAGGAAUGCAAAUAAAUAUUUAAUCAUAAGGUGAUACAAAAAACAA